ACAAUUUAUUCAUCUCUGAUUGACAAACUCUACUGAAAAUUAUCAUAUACCAAUAAAUAAAAAUAUGAAUUUGGUGGGAAAUAAAACGUGAAAAAGAAAAAAGUUCUUUAAAAAAUGGGAAUCUUGGGUCUUACAGUCGUAGGGCAGUCAAUUAUAGGGCUACCAACAUCCACCAACAAAAUUUGCCACUACCCAAAUCAUUGCCAUCUUCAUCUCCAACUUCCGCAAUUAAAAUCAACAAGUGGGUCGAAUUCAUUUCGAGUUAAAAACCAGAAAAAUCGAAGUUUUUGCAUAGUUAGGGCAUCAACAGAAGGCACCAGCAUGUCAUCCACUAUUGAGAAAUUGGGUGUCAAAAUUGAAAAAAACCCUCCUGAAUCUAGGCUCUCUGAGCUUGGUGUUCGCCAAUGGCCCAAGUGGGGUUGUGCUCCUAGCAAAUUUCCUUGGACAUAUGAUGCAAAGGAGACUUGCUAUUUGCUGAAAGGAAAGGUGAAGGUUUAUCCUGAUGGUUCCGACGAAGCUGUUGAGUUUGGUGCUGGUGAUUUAGUGGUAUUCCCAAAAGGUAUGAAGUGCACUUGGGAUGUCUCAGAAGCUGUUGAUAAGCAUUACAACUUCGAGUGAACUUACAUAUGUAUACCUCUGGGACCUUAUGCUAAUAUUUCUUAGUCCCUACAUACAUGUUCUGCGUGGACUCGGAUAAAUUGAUAAAACCAUAUCAUGUUUCUCAAUAAUCGUGUUAGAGAGGUUUAAUCAUUAAGGAGGUAUUGUGAUCAGCA